AUGCCUUUCAUGCUUAGCGAUCGUUCGCUGAUCGUCAUCCAGCGUACCGAAGCAAAUAUCGAGCCCACGUCCACACCUCUUCGCCCUCCUUAUCGAUCACUUCGCUCUGCAGUAGAGGAUGCCCUUUCCUUCAAAGACACUCUGGAAAAUCACUUUGGAGUUCCACCAGAUCAAAUCCGAACACUUCUUAACAGUUCAGCAUCACGUUCAGGUAUUCUGAACGCAUUUCGUAGUCUGGCAAGUGACUCUCGGAUUCAGAAGGGCGAUCCCAUUCUUAUUUUCUAUGCUGGACAUGGAAGUGAAAUACCCCCAAAUACAAAGAACCACAAUGCAAAAAUUCAAGUUCUCGUGCCUCAGGACUAUUGUUCUGAUGCUGGGAAAGAGGUCCCCGCAAUACCUGAUAGAACAAUUGGCGCAUUACUGUCCAAUAUUGCGGAUUCAAAGGGAGACAAUAUCACCGUGGUGUUUGAUUGCUGCCAUGCAGCUUCUGGUACCCGAAGCUCGCAGAGUGAAGAUCCCCAAGUCCGUUCCGUGAUGCUCACUCCCACAACAAAAGACCAAUUGGCGGACCAUGAAAUAUGGGGUGGACGUAGCAUUACAACCCCAAAACAAUUUCAACACAUGGGAUUACGGUCUCAUGUUCUGAUUGCCGCCUGCGCCUCAACAGAAACAUGCCGAGAAAUUGGCGGUCAUGGAUUAUUCUCAAGUGCAUUCUUGAGAUUACUGCGAACAUGUUCCCCCGACAAGUUGAGGUACUCUGAUAUUCUUAAACACAUGGACGUCAUUCCGGGCCAAAACCCACAAUGCGAAGGUGUAAACCAGAAUAGGACCCUAUUCAAUUCCAUGGUCCUUGCUCCUCAACGACUUUGCUUUGAUGUGACAAUAGGCGAUUCAGGGAAAAUAAUUUUGGCGGGUGGGGCAGUCCAUGGCAUUAUGCAGGACGCAGAAUUUGCUAUCUUCAAAAAUGCUGAAUCUAUCCCCCACACUCCCUUGGGUGUCUGCGAGGUAGAUACACUAUCACCGUUCUCUGCUACAUUGAAACCCUCGAGCUUCGAUGGUAUUUCUUUCGAUGGAACUGGAUUCGCGCUACAGAUCAAAGCAGGAAGCAAGGAGGACAUGCGUUUAUACAUUCCUCCAGAAGAAGAUAUGGCAAUUUGUGCCGAUGCAUGGAUUUCGCUUAUGCAACGAAGAAGGGAUUUCCAAAAUAUUCUACUGGCUGAUUCUCCCGAAGAUGCACAUGUCGAAUUGCGCCUCGAAAAUGGAAAAAUCGUUUUCAUAUACCGCGACCCAAAAAUAACCCAGCAUGGUCUGGAUCGUGUUCUGUUUGGAGUUGAACCAGAGAUACAUGACCUAUCUCGAGCUCUGGAAUCAAUGGCACACUUUUUGUGGAAGCUUAAUCUGACCAACAACAACCCAGAGGUUAUGUCGAGUAUCGAUUUCGAGUUUUAUAGACUCCAUGAGCCCGAUUUCGACAAUGAUGAAAACCAGGAAAUGUCACCUAUAAGCCCUAAUUUGUAUCAAAAUGGGGUUGUUGACUUUGUAGUCGACGACGAGCCAUAUGGGAUCAAAUUGGUGAAUAACAGCGAAUAUGAUUUCUACCCAUAUCUAUUCUACUUUGACAACAGCGACCUUAGCAUUGCGCCAUAUUAUGAAUCGCCGUCCAGUGGCUUAUAUUUUCUCGAUGUCCCACUAAAAGCCAAUGGAGGGUCGCUUACAAUUGGCUACGGUACCGGCGGAGCAGCUCCGUUUUCGUACUACCUCAGAUAUCCCCAGAAAAUUGAUGUCGGAUAUCUAAAGCUUUUUCUAUGUACACAACCUGUCGAUCUUUCCAACAUAUCGCAGUUUAGUCCAUUUGAGAAUAGUCGAGGCCCUGUAGACACUUUGAAAACUACCGUCAAGACAUGGGGGACAAUCCUUGUUCCAGUCACUCAAAGACGACAUCCUCUCCAGCCGGAGACUCACUGCGUGCAGUGCGGGUCCAUAUCGGCGAAAUCUCUGGAUUUGAAGCAAACGACGAUGAUUCACAAUCUGGAAUACAAAGCUGAGAUCCUCGCGAAGGAAAUCGACAUCCUACACAAAAGUGCUGCUGCAGAGAAGGAAUUCUAUGAAAGGGAACUAUCAGAGUUGAAGAUAAAACUCCAAGGCAGAGUAGAGGGGGAGACAAACCGGCCGGAUCCAGGCCCAAAGGAGUCUGGUCACCAACCACAAGAACAGGCAAGUUUUGUUGCUAAGAAUCACCCAAUUUCACAGCCGAAGAAAAGGCCAUUAUCUUCAGAGAAACGACAGCGUUGGUCUUCGUUCGUAAAAAGAUUUAUUCACAUACAGCUCAAACGUGUCGCCUGA